AAGAAGUUUAAAUGUGAUAUUUGUUCAAAGACAUUUACAAGGAAAUCUGACUUAGCAAGUCACAAUCUCAUCCAUACAGGAGAAAAGAAGUUUAAAUGUGAUAUUUGUUCAAAGACAUUUGCAUGGAAAUCUAACUUAGUAAGACAUAAUCUCAUCCAUACAGGAGAAAAGAAGUUUAAAUGUGAUAUUUGUUCAAAGACAUUUACAAGGAAAUCUGCCUUAGUAAGACACAAUCUCAUCCAUACAGGAGAAAAGAAGUUUAAAUGUGAUAUUUGUUCAAAGAUAUUUACAAGGAAAUCUGACUUAGCAAGUCACAAUCUCAUCCAUACUGGAGAAAAACAGUUUGAAUGUGACAUUUGUUCUAAAACAUUUGCACAGAAAUCUUACUUAGUAAAACACAAUCUCGUCCAUACUGGAGAAAAGCAGUUUAAAUGUGACAUUUGUUCUAAAAGAUUUGCAAGAAGAUAUCACUUAGUAAGUCACAAUCUCAUUCAUACUGAAGAAAAGCAGUUUGAAUGUGAUAUUUGUUCUAAAACAUUUGCACAGAAAUCUUACUUAGUAAAACACAAACUCAUUCAUACUGGAGAAAAGCAGUUUGAAUGUGACAUUUGUACUAAAACAUUUGCACAGAAGUCUUACUUAGUAAAACACAAUCUCAUCCAUACUGGAGAAAACAAGUUUAAAUGUAACAUUUGUUCAAUGGUAUUUGCACAGAAAUUCCACUUAGCAAAUCACAAUAUCUUUCACCAGUCAGUGGCAAGGGUUGUUUUAUGUCCUCUCUCAAAAAGGAAUAAUAAAAACUGUCCUCUUCUUACCAAGAAUUUGUAGUAGACAUGUUACUGCUGCUACGUCUACUGGUAAAGGAUUGGACAUUGGACAGAAUUUUUUCUGAAAAAUCAUAUGGUCAUGCAUACCGGAUACAAUACCCAUGUCCUAAAAUUAGACCUUACCUCAUGGACUUGAACAGUGUGUUGGAAAAUUAAUGAGCACUUAUAUUUUGAUGUGUUAGGCAAGUCAUGUGUAUGACUAAUUGAAAUGUUAUAGGUUCCCUUUCAUAUUGAUACAAAAAAUUACUGAAAAAAGGUGUGAAACAGUUGAAUGUGUUUUUGCAGAUUUUAAAAAUUAUUUUAGGAAAAGUAGGACAGACAAAUGAAAA